CGUAGCGGUCUGAGGGGCUGGUCCCGCAUCCCGCCAUCACCACCUGGCGGCGCGGAGGGGGCGGGGGCUGCGCGUCGGCAGCUUAAAGCAGUGGAGCCGCCGCCAGGGGCGUCCAGAGAGCGGGGAGAGGCCGGCGAGGAGCGGCGAUGGAGGGCGAGCGGCGGCGCGAGGGGGAAGGCGGCGAUGCGGCGGGAAGACCGCUGGGUCCUACGCCCAGCCAGAGCCGCUUCCAGGUUGACCUAGUGGCCGAGGGCGCCGGGCGCCCGGCCGAGGAGCCCCGCGAGGCGGGAGGCGCUGGCGAAGCCAAGGGCCGGUUUCGGGUGAACUUCGUGGACCCGUCGGCCGGCGACGAGAGCCCCGGCGAGCCGGGGGGAGGUAGCUCGGAGGGGGGCAAUGUCAGCUUCCAGAACGGCGGCGACACGGUGCUGAGUGAGGGCAGCCUGCACUCGGGCGGGCACCACCACUACUACUACGACACCCACACCAACACUUACUACCUGCGCACCUUCGGCCACAACACGAUGGACGCUGUGCCUCGCAUCGACCACUACCGCCAGACCGCCGCAGACCUGGGUGAGAAGCUUAUCCGGCCCAGCCUAGCCGAGCUGCACGAUGAGCUGGACAAGGAGCCCUUUGAAGAUGGCUACGCAAAUGGUGAGGAAGGCGCAGCAGCUGAAGAGGCGGCUGCCACUUAUGUGACUGAUAGCAAAGGAGUGGUCAAAUUUGGCUGGAUAAAAGGUGUAUUGGUACGAUGUAUGUUAAAUAUUUGGGGUGUGAUGCUCUUCAUCAGACUAUCAUGGAUUGUAGGACAAGCUGGGAUAGGUCUAUCUGUCUUGGUUAUUGGAAUGGCUACUGUUGUGACAACUAUCACGGGACUGUCUACUUCAGCAAUAGCCACAAAUGGAUUUGUGAGAGGAGGGGGAGCAUAUUACUUAAUUUCUCGGAGUCUGGGACCAGAGUUCGGUGGUGCCAUAGGUCUGAUUUUUGCAUUUGCCAAUGCUGUUGCAGUAGCAAUGUAUGUCGUUGGCUUUGCAGAGACAGUUGUGGAGCUGCUCAAGGAAAAUGGAACAUUGAUGAUUGAUGAAAUGAAUGAUAUCAGAAUUAUAGGUGCUAUCACAGUGGUGAUAUUGCUCGGUAUUUCUGUUGCUGGAAUGGAAUGGGAAGCAAAAGCACAGAUAGUCCUACUGGUGAUCCUCAUAGUUGCUAUUGGAGACUUUGUCAUAGGAACAUUUAUUCCUUUGGAUAGCAAGAAGCCUAAAGGUUUCUUUGGUUAUAAAGCUGAAAUAUUUAUGGAGAAUUUUGGACCAGAUUUCCGACACGAGGAAACUUUCUUUUCUGUGUUUGCUAUUUUCUUUCCUGCUGCAACUGGCAUUCUUGCUGGGGCAAAUAUCUCAGGUGAUCUUGCGGAUCCUCAGUCAGCCAUACCUAAAGGAACGCUCUUGGCCAUCCUAAUUACUACAUUGGUUUACGUAGGAAUUGCAGUAUCUGUAGGUUCCUGUGUUGUUCGAGAUGCCACAGGGAAUGUUAAUAACACCAUUGUCACUGAGCUGACAAAUUGCACUACCGCAGCUUGCAAAUUAAACUAUGAUUUCUCGUCCUGUCAGACAGGGUGUCAGUAUGGGCUGAUGAACAAUUUCCAGGUGAUGAGCAUGGUAUCAGGAUUUGCACCACUGAUUUCUGCAGGUAUUUUUUCAGCCACCUUGUCUUCUGCAUUGGCGUCUCUUGUGAGUGCACCUAAGAUCUUCCAGGCUUUAUGCAAAGACAACAUUUAUCCAGGAUUUCAGAUGUUUGCUAAAGGCUAUGGGAAGAACAAUGAACCACUGAGAGGAUAUCUUCUGACAUUUUUAAUUGCCCUUGGAUUCAUACUAAUAGCUGAACUGAAUGUCAUUGCUCCAAUUAUUUCUAAUUUCUUCUUGGCCUCAUAUGCCUUGAUUAACUUCUCUGUAUUCCAUGCUUCUCUUGCAAAAUCUCCAGGUUGGCGCCCUGCUUUCAAAUACUACAAUAUGUGGAUUUCUCUUGUUGGUGCUGUUCUGUGCUGCAUUGUGAUGUUUGUCAUUAAUUGGUGGGCAGCACUUCUAACAUAUGUCAUAGUCCUUGGACUCUACAUUUAUGUCACUUACAAGAAACCAGAUGUGAACUGGGGAUCCUCAACACAAGCUUUGACUUACUUGAAUGCACUACAGCAUUCUAUUCGGCUCUCAGGAGUGGAAGAUCAUGUGAAAAACUUUAGACCUCAGUGCUUAAUUUUGACUGGUCCUCCAAAUGCACGUCCAGCUUUGCUUCACGUUGUCCAUGCUUUCACCAAGAAUGUGGGCUUGAUGAUCUGUGGCCACGUACAUAUGGGUCCUCGGAGGCAAGCCAUGAAGGAACUGUCAACUGACUUGGCUAAAUAUCAGCGAUGGCUAAUUAAAAACAAGAUGAAGGCUUUCUAUGCACCUGUGCAUGCAGAGGACUUGAGGGAUGGAGGACAAUACUUAAUGCAGGCUGCUGGUCUGGGUAGAAUGAGACCUAACACUCUUGUUGUUGGAUUUAAGAAAAACUGGAAACAAGGAGACAUGAGAGAUGUUGAAACUUAUAUCAAUUUAUUUCAUGAUGCAUUUGAUGUUCAAUAUGGUGUGGUUGUCAUCCGUCUAAAGGAAGGCCUGGACAUUUCUCACCUUCAGGGCCAAGAAGAGUUACUGUCAUCCCAAGAAAAAUCUCCAUGUACCAAGGAUGUCAUAGUAAAAGUGGAUUAUAGCAAGAAGGCUGAGACAGACACUUCUAUAGCUUUUGCUCCAUCAUCUAGUGAAAGAACUCCCACUUUACAUAAAGAGGAGGACGAGGACGGAAAGACUCCAACACAACCACUGUUGAAAAAAGAUUCAAAGAGCCCAUCUGCUCCUUUAAACUUGGCUGACCAAAGACUUCUUGAUGCUAGUACUCAGUUUCAGAAGAAACAAGGCAAAAGCAAUAUUGAUGUCUGGUGGCUUUUUGAUGAUGGAGGCUUGACACUGCUGAUUCCAUAUCUUCUUACAACCAAGAAGAAGUGGAAAGACUGUAAGAUCAGAGUGUUCAUUGGUGGAAAAAUAAACAGGAUUGAUCAUGACCGAAGAGCGAUGGCUACUUUGCUCAGCAAAUUUCGGAUAGACUUCUCGGACAUUAUGGUUCUUGGGGAUAUUAAUACUAAGCCAAAGAAAGAAAAUAUUGCAGCUUUUGAAGAAAUGAUAGAGCCCUUCCGACUUCAUGAAGAUGAUAAAGAACAAGAAGUUGCAGAUAAAAUGAAGGAGGAUGAACCAUGGAGGAUAACAGAUAAUGAACUUGAGCUUUACAAAACAAAGACUUAUCGCCAGAUUAGGCUAAAUGAGUUGCUCAAAGAACAUUCAAGUACAGCUAACAUAAUUGUCAUGAGUUUGCCAGUUGCACGAAAAGGUGCGGUUUCUAGUGCACUAUACAUGGCCUGGCUGGAAGCUCUUUCUAAAGAUCUGCCACCAAUUCUACUUGUUCGCGGAAAUCAUCAGAGUGUUCUUACCUUCUAUUCCUAAGAGUACUGCACAUGGGACAGCUACAAUGAAUGGUACUUCAGUGCGCAGGGAAGAGUGACUGAUAUGGUCUAUAGUUUAUUAACAUCACAAAGGCAAAAAGUGACUCUCUUUCACUAUUUCACUGACUUGAAAGCACACAAGGAAAGUCACUGUAUUUCUAAAGUUGUGACAUCUUCAGUUUUAUUCUAUAUUUUCUGUAAUUUAAUCUUGCUUAAUGGAGGAGGAUUCCUUGUUAGACUGAAGAAUAAGACAAGCUUUCUUUUUUUGCUAUUUGAAUAGCAGCAAUAAAAUGUUUUAUUUUUGAUCAAUGAAAGGAUUAUAGAUUUAUAAAAGCCUUUUAGCCUUGAGGUGCCUUCUGAAAUUAACCAAAUCUCAUCAAUACAUCCUAUUUUGUAAAUUUAUAUAGAAUGUCAAAAUCUGCCUUCAACUAAGAGUUUAGAUCAGACUUCCUUUAGUUUCUAGUCUCUUCUGUAUUACAAUAAAAAUGAAUGCUGCUUUUCAGUCUUCCAUUGAGCUAUUAGUUUUUAGUACUGUAUGUUUCCUAUUGCCAGAAAGGUUUUGUUUUUUUAUUAUUAUAUCUGUUAGAUGUGAAGGUGAGAAUUGGGGCAGGUCUGUUGAACUAAAACAUAUUCCUAUUGCUAUUGUUGACGCUUUGUGCUACUUAAUUUUGUAACAGUUAUAAUAAACUAAUUCUACUAGCAGAGAGGAUCCUUUUCUCAAAUUUGACAAUGUGUAAUGCUUUGGCACUAGUUUGAGUUACACAGCUAGCAUUUUUAGCUACCUUGGCGAAGGAUACUGGUCAGACUUUGUCCUGUAGCUCUAAUAGGAAACUGAACUUAUCUUACUGGCGAAGGCUUUUUAUCUUACUACAAAUUGGAAGAAAAGCUAAAGACCUGUCCUAGUUCUUGGCCUGUUAUGUUUAGGUGUUACUUUCAACUUAUUUUGAAACAAAACUCAACUUAAGGCUUGAAUGGGGAUAAUAUAAGCAAUGUGAUGCUAUCUAACAGAAAACAGUAAACACUAUGUGGAAUCUUGCUAUCCAAUAGGAAAUGUAAAAGCUACAGUUCUCUUGCAUUUUUCAACAAAUGGUUAAAAGGACCACUAGUUACUUGGAGAGAUGUUUUUAGGUCAAUUCAUUCAGUUGUCAGAAAAAACAGUUAGUCUUAUAUAAUACUCAGGUUUGAUCAUCUAGCAAUUUAGGUGUAUUCCAUACAUCCUACUUUAUACAUUUUUUAUGUUCAAUAAAGAAACUGCCAAUAUUUUAUGCCCUUUCAUUGUAUAUUUUGAAAACUUCAUAAUUUAGUCUACUAUGAACACCUACACAAGAAAUUUCGCUUGAGCCUUUGUAUAAAGGUUAGUAAUGUGAACUGUUUUUUAAAUUCCUAGUAUAUUUUGGGUAGAAAGGAUUGCCUAAAAACAUUUCACAAGCUUUUGAUAUUAGCAUUGGACGUGCUACUGGAUCGGUUUACCAGUGAUUGAGUGACUUUCACUUAAGGAUGCACAGAAGAGAUUUAUUUUUAUGCUCAAUACAAGAUCAAAUUGAAAUGUAACUGUUCCUUUUGAAGGACAAAGCAUAAUCAUUGUGUGGCAAGAUAGAACCUCAAGUCAUUGUGAUUAAAGAUAAAAAUGUUCUACACAGUGCAGUAUACACUAUUGUCAAGUUCCUGAUAAACUGCAAGAAAUCUUUUUGCUGUUUCUGUCAAUUGGAUUUUAGUAUUGAGUCAUUUCACUUUAAAAAAAAAAUAAUGUAUGUUUUGCUGCUAAGUGUGAGAUAACUGAUGCCAGCAUGAAUCCAGCUUGUUACGAUAAAUAUUGUAAGAAAGCCAGUUUGCAGUAAAAAUGCUGUUUCCUUCAGGUGAGGGGGCAGGGAUCAAACUUAUCAACUUAUCUAUUACAGAUUUUACAGUGGGUUUUAGGGAUUAAGGGUGUCACGUUGUGCAUAUGGAAUCAUUGCCGUGUUUCUUUUUUUUUUUUUGCAGAUGGACAGUAAGGCAUGGACUUAGUGCUGCUAUCUUAAAAAAAAUUUAAAAUGUGCACAGGUACACUUACUUAAAAGGUUUUUUGCCCAUUCAGGAAACCAUUGCUUGUGAUCUGUAACACAGAAACCAAAUGAAGUGUGUGUAUACAUGCAUAUAUGUGUAUAAAAUUAUAUAAAAUAUAUCUAAAUAUGCAUAUGGGGAUAGUUAAGGUAAUGUCUGUGAAAUAACAUAGGAUGCUUUUCACAUGCACUCUCAGAAGUCCACUAACGCUAGGCACAAGGUCAAGUUUCAAGAUCAUUUGCUAUACUGAAAUUUCAGAAAUAAAUAAUAAUUGUUUGCAACAGAUAUAAUUUAGUGGCAGUCACUCCAACUUCUGCUUUGAUUUUGACGCCAAACUUAGGUAUGUUCCAAUCAAUUACUUGAAAAAUGAAAUCACUUACACAUGGCAAUUCAUACCUUCUGUAGAUUAGGUUUCUUUGUAUGGGUUUAGAAAGAUAAAGUGGAGGAAAUCAAUUAUUUAUUUGUUCACUUAUAUUUGUAUUUAGGUUUCAUUUUACAUAUUCUUUUUAUAUGCUUUUUCUGACAUUACAUAUUUAAAAAUAACUGAAAAUAAUUUAAAGAUUUGAGCGUUAGUGGGUAAUGGCCCACUUGGUUUGAAAAUGUAAGAUUUGAUACUGUACUGUAACUGUCACACACAAAUGCUUUUCUAAUGUUUUAACGUAAUUAUUGCAGUUAAUACUUUGUACCAGGGGAUGUCACUGCAAUAAAAGGAAGUGAAUUCAAUACAACUGUCUUGUCUUAAAAAGCCCUUUUAAUUGCUGAGGGAUAAGGAAUAAUGUUCGUAUUUGAACAGAUUCAUGAUGAAAAUAGUUCCUGGUAUGUGAAUAUGCUUACUGCCCCCAUCUGAUACUUGCCGUUAUUGAGGAAUUUGCAUAGGACCUUGAAUUCAGUUUGAAGCCAUUCAAGUGUCUGGUUUUAAGGAGACAAAUGUUUUGUUCUUCAGGGGAUUGGUUUUGCCACUAGUGUGUUACUAACAGCGGUGGUUGCAUAAUUAAAAUAAAUCUUGUUCCACUCUCUAAAAUUUGUUGUAACUUCCCAGACAGUGCAGACCAAUCUGCAAUACAUAGUGCUUUAAGCUGGAACAUUAGUAUCUGAAAAUUUGUUCCUAUUACAUAUGCAAUUUGGUUUGCUUCUGGACACAGUGAAGGAGCAGUCCACUGGGAUAUGAGGAAAUACGUUGGUAAAGUAGCUGGUGGAAAUCACCGCUUUGUUAACUUUUUAAACGGGAAGAGUAAAUGUUGAAGCAGUAACAGUAACCUUUUCCAAAAAGAAGCAGGGAAGAUCUUUCUCUUGAAAUAUUAGGUGCUUCAUAUGCACAGAGAUCUGUCUCACUGUGAAAGAAACGGUACUCUGUCCGUUGGGCAGAAUACAGCAAACCUGCUGGCAUAACCAUUAGUUGUGUGUGUGACCUGGCAUAAGUCAAAGAUCAGGCUGCUCCUUGCAUACCUAUACUUACUGGCUCAAAACUGAGAGCAGAAAAAGGAACCUGGGAACAGAUUCUUUGCUGAUCUCACGCUUGAUCUGUCUCUUGCAGAAGAGAUUGGCUUUUUGUAGCUUCAGGAAUCUGCUUUCUUCCCUGUCUGCUGCGAGCUUGCCUGCCUUCCCGGAAUGCACUGAGAGCACUGAGCUACCAUAACACACCCUGCAUAGCCGUGUUCACCUGCGUAUCACAAUGUAACAGGGACAGGGAAAAUGGAAUUGUUCAGGAUUUAAAAUGUCAGGCAACGCUAAAUUUAAGUUGCUAACUGCUCACUCUCCAAAGACCCCGUCUCCUGCCCUGCCUCUCCACCCCGGCACUGCUCCUCUCUGCGGCUGCUCUUAUAAAAUGCCCUGAUGUCUGCUUAUGCAUAGUGCUGUGUGCUGAAAAUGCAUUUUUAUUGUGCGUCAGUGAAAUCUUGCAACAUAUGCUGUUAAGAGGAAUCUAGGCAGCAGCACCUGGAUGUGAGGAGACCCUUGUAGCUCCACUCCUACCCUGUGGGUAUCCGGGGAAAACUGACCCGAUGAGCUGUAGCCAAAACAAGUUCUGGUGUGAGGUUCUGGGUCUAGGUGUCUCAUCUUCACAGUCCCUCAGUUCCCGUCCACGGUAAUAAUUCUAAAUCCUUUUAAUAAAACAUGAUUUUGUUAGUGAAAGAAAUAGGGUAUACUGUCUCCGAACGGUUUUCUAGGAAUUCAAGCUACAUUAGCAACGCCAGAUGGCUCUGCUAUCUGCAUUUUGGGUAGUGUCUAAAAUUGCACUGUCAAACAUGCUCUUCUUGCACUGUGCAUUCAGUUUCAUGAGCUAAAUCACGUAGUACUUAAAAAAAAAUUUAAUGUGUAUCAGCACAAUAGUAUUCUUUUGCAUUGAAUUUGUCAUAAUUUUGACUAUGGAUUGGAGAAAAGUUUAGUAUUCAUUCCCUUCCUUCGCCCUCCUCCCGUAUGGAAAAAUACUCUGUUUUUUUUCUAAAGAAUGUGGGAAUCUCCAUACAGGUGUUGCCUCUUGAGUUCAAACAGCUUUUUUACUACCAAGUAAUCACCAUUUCAUAAAGCACUGGGUGAUGCUUACUUUUCUCAGUGGCUAUUUCCAGCUGUGUUAGAGAACAGAAGAAUAAAUGCUGCGGGCAGAGAGAAAAGAGAUAUUAGAAAAAAAUAAAAACAGAGUAACAUGUACGGUUGCUCUAGUUUUAGAGUGAUCCAUAACAUUUCAACAAGGUAUUUUUGCUUCAUAAGUAGCAAACAAGACAAUCUACCACUUUCUACAGAGGUAGGACCGAGAUGAUAAAAGCUUUAUGUCAUCCCAAAAUAUUAAGGUACAGGCUAUAGUAUUGAAGGAAACUGAAUAGAGUAGCAACAGGCAGUUCCAGGCUUAUUAAGCUUGAUACUAACUCUAUCACUCUGUUGAAAUGUUUUCCGAGUAAUAACUAAAUCUUGGAAUGUCUCUUUGCAAUUAAAUUUGUUGCUGCAAGCAGAUGGUAAAAUGGAGUCACAAGCAAAGGAUUUUCACAGGCUCUGGCUGAAAAUUUGGGAGCUGGGAUUAACCUUGAAACAUCCUCACUCCCAGUUCUGUGUGGUCAUUCAUUUUUUCAGACUAAGCUGCCUGGCCGGAUGGUUUAGCUGCGGUGUUGCAAAUUAUAGGGACUCUGGAAUAAUUCUUUUCUACUACUAUUAAGAAUCACAUAGAUUAACGUUUAGAAUAAUAAUGAAAAAAUAUAUAAAUGAAGCAGGGGGUGGGAUAUACGUACAGAAGAAUAUGUCACGACAAUAUUAGCCUAUGUGUUUUAUAAAUAUUUUGAUCAAUUUAAUGUAACUCAUCUGAUGAGCUGUGAAGGUACAGGAAAAAAAUUCAAAACAGAUGUAAAGUGCAAUAAUACAAGCACAAAAAUUAAGCACAUUUGUAUGUAGUAAAGCGUAGUAGUUUAAGCACCAGUAACCUAGAAAUUGUAGCGGAUCAAAGCACAGUGCCUGCCAAGAGCAGCUUGCUCCUCAAAGGAAAUGGCAUUUUAUGAAGUCAACCAAAAACAGCCAUUCAUCAUAUUAGCAUAUGAAAUCAAGGCUAACCACAGAACAGUGCGGGCUUUCCGAUAGGAUUUUGGCUAACCUCAAAUAGAAUUUCAUUUUACUAUUGAUUGCGCAGUUGAGUGUUGUUAAUUUUAAGGGUCUCUAUUCUGAUUAAAAUAUUUCUGUAUCCUUCAACUAGCAACAGUAGUACUUCAGUUAUGGUAAGAUUUAAUGGGAAGACUGAAGCUUUGUAAAAUACAUGCCAUACCUUACUAAGCAACUUUAUCCAUUAUAUUUUUAUUUUAAUUGUGUUUCUGUGUUUGGGGGGUGCUGCUUUCUUCUUGCUGUGUUUGUUAGCAUCUAGAAGAAUGAAGCUUGAUUCUUAGCUGGGAACUGGGAGUCACCUUGGUGCAAGUAAUUCCAAUGGCAGAAGAUGAAUGUCCGUGAAUGAGAUCCUAUGGUUCUGAUUUCUGUUUUGGAGAGGAGAUUGUAAGUGUCACUUGGGAGUUUUAAGAGGAUGGGAAUUUACAUUGAAACUGUUAACAUAGACUAUUCAUUUCACCUAACAAUAAAACAAAACAUGGAUCAGAGAGAUCAGUGGAGUGCAUGUUUUGGGUGAGAACUCAUGAGAUUCACGCAGGCCCAUUUGUCCAGUUUGUCCAAGUCGCUCCGGAUGAUGUCCCAUCCUUCUGGUGUGACAACUGCACCACUCAGCGUGGCGUCACCUGCAACUUGCUGAGGCUGCACUCAAUCUUGCUGUCUAUAUCAUCGAUGAAAAUGUUAAACAGCACUGGCACCAGUACGGACCACUGAGGGACACCACUCAUCACGGAUCUCCAUCUGGACUUUUAGCCAUUGACCACUACUCUCUGAAUGCAACCACCCAACCAAUUCCUUAUCCACUGUACAGUCCACCCAUCAAAUCCUAAUCUCUCCAAUUUAGAGAGAAGGCUGUUGUGGAGGACCGUGUCAAAGGCUUUAAAGAAUAGA